AUGUCAUCGCCAAUCCCGCAAGUAUCCGUCGCAGGACAUCAAGUCGGACGAAUGGGUUACGGGUUAAUGCAAUUGACUUGGACACCUACCCCACCACCUGAAGAAGAGAGCUUCAAAGCUAUCAAAGCGGCAGCAGAUGCCGGUGCGACAUGUUGGUCCACCGCGACGUUCUACGGACCGGAUUUCGCCAAUAUCAGACUGAUCGCCAAUUUCUUCAAGAAAUACCCAGAGUACAAAGAGAAGAUUGUUUUGGUCGUCAAAGGUGGUGCGGACUAUACUACGAUUGCACCCAAGGGUGAAGACAUCGAAUUCCUCCGAUCCGAUCUGAAGAACACCCAAGAGAUCCUAGGCGAUAAGAAAAUCGACAUCUACUCUUUAGCUAGAUUAUCGCACCAUGCGUCGGUCGAAGAACAGUUCACCAACCUCGAGACAUUGAGAAAGGAAGGAUUGUUCACUGCUGUGGGAGCUAGUGAGAUGGGUGUUGAAAGUCUAGAGAAGGCUCAAAAGAUCACUCCCAUCGCAAUCAUCGAAAUUGAAGUAUCACUCUUCUCGUUCGAAAAAGCCAUUAGGGAUGUCGUCCAAUGGUCAUCCACCAACAAAGUUCCCAUCUUCGCCUACUCACCUUUAGGUCGUGGAUUCCUCACUAGGACUUACAAGUCACCUGAAGAUAUCCCCGAUGGCGAUUUCAAGAAGAUGAUCCCUCGUUUCCAGGGUGAAGCGUUCUACGAGAAUCUAAAAUUGGUCGACAAACUCGAUGAGAUCGCUGGUAAGAAGGGUGUUAACACCAGUCAAUUGGCUUUGGCAUGGAUCGUCGGUUUGUCCGAUUAUACCAUUCCAAUUCCCGGUUCUUCCAAACCUCAACGAGCCAUUGAAAACACCCAAGCUGCCAAUAUCAAGCUCACCACCGAGGAGAACAAGACCAUCUCGGAUAUUUUGGAUAGCUUCGAAGUUGUCGGUACCAGAUAUCCAGGCGCUGGAAUGGCUCAUCUCAUGAAGUAA